CAACGCAGCACUUGAGAAAUAGGAAUGAUAUCCAUCAUGCAGCUCGGUUUUUGCCCCGAUUGUCAACAUGGCAGAAGGCGAGGCAAAAGAACGGGCUGCUGAGCGAGCUGUCGAGUCUAUAGCCAUGCUUCCGGUUUUGACCGAUUCUUCUGGCAUGUUCGUCUCACGACUUGCUACUAAGUCUACCGAAGCACAUAUCUCGCAUGCCCCUAUCACCGAGGUCCACAAUGCCAACGGUAGCUCCAGUGCUGGUGGGAACGGCGAAUCCUUAAGUAUUCCGCACGACAAGACGAAAGGGAAGCAAAUUGAAAAAGAACAACCCCAACUUUACAAACAACCGGAGUUCGAUACCAAACCGCUAGCAGCCUUAGAAAACGCACUUCAAAACCUAGCAAGCGAACUCAGAAAAGCUAAUGCUCCCCCAUCUCAGAAGUGCUCAAAUUGCGGUUGCAAAGGAGGCGAGAGCGAAAGCGACGCAGACUUCUUCUACAGAAACAUCGGCACCGUAGCCGCGCUCGGAGCAUCCAUCACCUUCGCGCUCAUCAUCAGCGACAUCAAAGACCCACACGAGAUCUCACAGCACGGAAGAUUCGAUCUCUCGACGGUGAGAAUUCUGCUGGCUGUUAGCUGGAUGCUGUUCAUGAUCGUGCUCUCGCUUUCCUUUUCGCUAGCACAGAAGUUCAAGCAUGAAUCAGCUGAGGAAGACGAAGAGAAAAAAGAUGGGCCGACGGGUCUCGCGACUGUCGUGUAUGUAUUGGAGCUGGGGGCGGUAAUGUGCUUGUCGUUGGUGGUUGCUGCGUACGUAGAGGUCGUGGGAUAUAUUAUGGUUGCCUUGGUCUCUAUUGUAGUGGUCGCGCUCGCAUUAAAGGUUACGGCCUUGCGAUGGUUGGACAAAUGGUUUGACAAUUGGUGGUACAUGUAUGGGUCGUCUGAUCGUAGGGGAAGUCUAUAA